GGACUUUCAAAGCUUGCGUUACUUUCAAUGAUAGUAGGUUGCACGUGGUUUGGCAAUUUCUAGGAUAUGUUGUUGCAACUUGAACUGCGGCGCUUUUGUGUGAAGUUGCACGUUGAAUAUUCAGUCAAUCUCUGAUAUUCUAAAGUUGUGGUAAGGGUUGAUUAAAUUAUACCCCGUCCAUUUAUUAUCUUGAAUAAAGAAAAUACGAACAUAUUUGCAGGAUAAUACGAACUUGUUUUUAUUUCGUGGAUUCUCUUCAACUGCGUACAUCCUAAACAAUAUCAAUUAAGAAGAAAAAGAAGAAGAACAAAAACAAGAAAGUCACCGAAUAAUUAUGCUUGAAAGACAUUCAAAUCCACCAGUUGGCCUGGAACGUGUUCAUCGAUAUUUUUGUUAUGUUUGUGGUACUCUAUUACCGCAUAAACUAGAAGCGAAUGAUUCAUUAAUUUGUCGAAAAUGUAAAACAUCGACAUAUAUGCGUUGGUUUCACAAUAUGGAGGCAAGUUUUAAUACAGAGAGUAAAUUAAAAAAGAAUAACACAGUUGACGGGAUCGAUGUCCGUAAUGAUGGCGAUGCCGAGGAAUCAACGUGUUUAUUUUUUCCAUCAAUGAUAAAAGGGGCUAAAAAAAUUCUCAAAUCUGAAAUUGCCUUAAAACAAGCUUUAGAAGCACAACAAUUUGAAAAUGACACACCUCAGGCGGCGACAACCACAUUUGAUGGGCCAAGUAUACGUAAAGAAUGCGCUUAUUGUGGUAAUGACAGGAUGACUUAUGUAACAUUACAAACUCGUUCAGCAGAUGAAGGACAAACGGUUAUUUAUACUUGUACACAAUGUGCUAAAAAAGAGAUUGAAAAUACAUGAAUUAUACAUAAAU